AUGUUUCGACCUGAGCUUGUACUACAAAUUGAAGUCGAAGUCAACAAGCUCAUUGAGACAGGAUUUAUUCGAGAGGUAAAGUACCCAUCAUGGAUAUCGAAUAUUGUACCUGUCAAUAAGAAGAAUGGUCAAAUACGUGUUUGUAUUGACUUUCGAGACCUAAACAAGGCAUGUCCAAAAGAUGACUUCUCGCUACCAAUUAUUGAACUCAUGGUUGAUGCUACAACAGGGCAUGAAGCUAUGUCAUUCAUGGAUGGGUCCUCCAGAUACAAUCAAAUCAGAAUGUCUCCAAAUGAUGAAGAGUGUACUGCUUUCCGAACUCCAAAAGGGAUAUAUUGCUUCAAAGUGAUGCCCUUCGGUCUGAAGAAUGCCAAUGCCACCUACCAACAUGCGAUGCAAAACAUCUUUGAUGAUAUGCUUCAUAAGAGUGUUGAAUACUACGUCGAUGACUUGGUGGUGAAGACGAAGAGUAGGUGUUACCACCUUGAAGACCUUCGAAUUGUUUUUGAAAUGUUAAGAAAAUUCGACCUGAAGAUGAAUCCACUCAAGUGUGCAUUUGAAGUUACCUCAGGAAAUUCUUAG